GGGCCAGGGGAUUUUUCAAAUACAUUUUAGUUUUUAAGUUACAACGAAUUCAAUCGUAGUUUUCGAGAAAUUAUUGUUCCCCAACAGCACAAGCAAAAAGUCGGUGAACCUGUAUGUGGAAAGCAGGGUGAAGGGCGAGACCCGAAACGCGAGAAGAACUCUGGCCGGAGAUCGGUGCACAGAGGGGGAGGAGGAACAGCAGCAGCGGACGAGAAGCUUCGGGCGGCGAAUGUGGCAGGGAAGCCGUCAUCAUUAGGACGUCAAACGAAAGUCGGUCCCGCAAGGUACCGGCCUCAGCAGUGGGCCAUCAUCGAGCCCGCUCUCUGGCGCUUAGCGAGGAUCAGAGAAGUCACCACCGUGACGGGACGGGGGAGCUAGACCAGCGUAGCCAUCUCAUGCACGGUCGCGAUUCCCGCCAGCAGCAACCGGAGCCACUAAAUAACCUAAACGCCAAUGGCCGGUACCACAAUCGCAUGGUCGCCGGCUCUAACAACUUCAAUGGCACAAACGUGGGCAAUGUGGACACCGGUGCGACCUGCCGUAUUUCCAGGCAAACGGUUCAACAGACGCGGAGCCUAAACAUCAACGUACCCGCCUCCUCCUCGACACAGCAGCAACACCAUCGAUUAGCUGCUGUUCAUCGGCGGGCGUAUCACAUUGCCGCCGGAAGUCGACUUCUGACGGAGAACAGAACAACGACCGCCACCGCCACUGUGACCGCGCCUCCUCAGAUUUCCAUUGCAACACCAGCUCCAGUUCCUGCAGCUCCCGUUGCCGUUAAAACCAAUCCAAACGCUACUCGUACCGCUCUCCCAACCGCCGCUCCAAGGGCAGAAAAUGUGGCUGCGCGGAUAAGGGAAAUCGCACGGAAGUUUCCGCUGUGGCUACCCGAAUACAAAAGAAAGGCCUUCAAUGCCUCCAUGGACGAGAAGUACGUGGAGACCAUAUGGGCCAGUUUGAAGAAUGCUAUCCAGGAGAUACAGAAAAAGAACAACUCCGGGCUGUCGUUUGAGCAGCUCUACCGGAAUGCGUACAACAUGGUGCUGCACAAGCAUGGCAACAGAUUAUACUACGGCCUCAGGGAAGUGGUCUCAGAGCACCUGGAGCACAAGGUGCGGGCGGAUGUGCUGGAGGCCCUGCACAGUAACUUUCUGCCAAAACUCAACCAGGCCUGGACAGACCACCAGACCUCCAUGGUGAUGAUUCGCGACAUACUCAUGUAUAUGGACAGAGUAUAUGUGCAGCAGCGAGAGGUGGACAAUGUAUACAAUUUGGGAUUGAUUUUGUUUAGGGAUCAGGUGGUUCGCUAUUCGGAGAUUCAAAAGGCCCUGCGGGAGAAAUUACUAGGCAUGGUGAUGGAGGAGCGACAUGGCGAGGCCAUAAACCAUUUGGCGAUCAAGAACGCUUGCAGCAUGCUCAUCACAUUGGGGAUCAACUCACGCACCGUCUACGAAGAGGACUUUGAGAAGCCCUUCCUUGCCCAAUCGGCGGCGUUUUACAAAUUCGAGUCUCAGAACUUUCUUGCCGAGAACAACGCUGGCGUUUACAUCAAGAAAGUGGAGGCUCGCAUCACGGAAGAGUCCUCCCGGGCAGCACUCUAUCUGGACAAGGACACGGAACCGCGCAUUGUACGCGUUGUUGAGGAGGAACUGAUCAAGAAGCACAUGCGACCCAUUGUCGAAAUGGAGAACUCAGGUGUGGUGUACAUGAUCAAAAACUCCAAGACCGAGGAUCUGGCCUGCACAUAUAAGCUCUUCUCGCGUCUCAAAGAGGAAGGUCUUAAGGUGAUAGCGGACACCAUGUCGGCAUAUCUGCGAGAGCAGGGACGCAUGCUGGUCAAGGAGGAGGAAAAUGGCAACACGAACCCCAUCACAUUCGUGCAAAACCUGCUGGAUCUCAAGGAUCGUUUCGACCAGUUUUUGGUGCAUUCGUUCGCCAACGAUCGCAUCUUCAAGAAUGUUAUCUCAUCCGAUUUCGAGCAUUUCUUGAACCUGAACAACAAAUCGCCGGAGUAUCUAUCGCUCUUCAUCGAUGAUAAACUGAAAAAGGGCGGCAAGGGAAUGAGCGAGCAGGAGAUCGAGUCUAUCUUGGAUAAAACAAUGGUUCUCUUCCGUUUCCUAUUGGAGAAAGACGUUUUUGAGCGCUAUUACAAGACGCAUUUAGCCAAGCGAUUGCUGCUAAACAAAUCAGUCUCUGAUGAUUUCGAAAAGAACAUGAUAUCCAAACUAAAGACUGAAUGCGGCUGUCAAUUCACCUCAAAGCUAGAGGGUAUGUUUAAAGACAUGUCAGUCUCCAAUACGAUCAUGGAUGAGUUUAAAAACUUUGUAAAUAAUAACAAUUUAUCCUUGGGCGGUGUUGAGUUGACGGUACGCAUACUAACUACUGGCUUCUGGCCCACUCAGACAGCAACUCCCAACUGCAACAUACCCGCCGCACCUCGCGAAGCCUUUGACAUUUUCAAGAACUUUUAUCUGAACAAGCACUCAGGUCGACAGCUGACGUUACAGCCACAAAUGGGAACUGCCUAUAUAAAUGCUGUGUUCUUUGGCCGCAAAGCAGCCGAAAGUGAGAAAGAUAAGGAUGCACCAAGCUCCAGUUCGAGCGGGUGUGCAGUGCCCACCACCACACGAAAGCACAUUCUGCAAGUGUCCACCUACCAGAUGUGUGUGCUGCUGUUGUUUAACAACCGCGACGUGCUUACGUAUGAUGACAUACACCAGGAGACGGAUAUACCGGAACGGGAGCUGGUUCGAGCUCUGCAAUCGCUGUCCAUGGGCAAACCCGCUCAACGUUUGCUGGUGCGCAAUUCCAAAACGAAAACUAAGGACAUUGAGCCUACGGAUGAGUUCUACGUGAACGAUGCGUUUGUCUCCAAGUUCCACAGGGUAAAGAUUCAAACGGUGGCUGCCAAGGGGGAAUCGGAGCCAGAACGCAAAGAGACGCGCGGCAAAGUCGACGAGGAUCGUAAGCACGAGAUCGAGGCGGCUAUUGUACGCAUCAUGAAGGCGCGCAAGCGCAUGGCUCAUAACUUGCUCGUGUCGGACGUGACGUCGCAGCUCAAGUCGCGUUUCUUGCCCUCGCCCGUGUUUAUUAAGAAGCGUAUUGAGGGCCUCAUCGAGCGCGAGUAUCUGCAACGAUCGCCCGAGGAUCGAAAAGUUUACAACUACUUGGCCUAAGCGGAGAGGCCAGAACAGCUUGAGCAGGAUCCGUAUCACACUCAUCUUCAAAUCGCCAGGACUAGCACACUAAAUCACAGUUCGCUGCUCAGACAGCAAACACAUGAGCCCACGAGCAGCAAUGAUAUUUUUGACUACGAUUAUAGAUGACCGCCAAUAACCCAAAAGCAUAAAUAUACCAAUAGGUGCGCCCCGAACUGUGAAAUUUAGUUUCGCAACACCAUUUUGUAAGCCUGUAAUUCAAAAUUGAAAAGUUUAAAAUGCUAUUCAAGCCUCCACCAUAAUUAUUAUCCAUCUAAUAUAUUUCUUGAUAUUCUCUAAUCAUUGUUUACGCUCAUUUCUUUUCGCAUAACACGUGUAUAGCAGUAAGCCCAAGCCACACACAUCAGCACCAACCCAUUCAGAGACACAUCCACAUCAUCCACCCACAAGAAUUAAACGCAAAGCAAGAUAAGAGAAUAAAUGCAUAAUGCAAGCCCUAAAUGUAAGCAGUUGAGUAAAUGAGAAGCAAAAGAAAUCUAAGCGAAAAGGAAUAUUAAUAACUAUAAAUAUAGCUAAAGUAAUAAAUUUAUAAAUGAAUUAUUAAUUUUAGUGAGCGUUUGAUGUACAUUUAUACGUCUGACCUAAAUCCAAGUCCUAAUCCCUCUGCUAAAACUUUCAAGCCACGUUUUGAGAUUUAUUUGAACAGAAAAUUAAAGAUUGCAAUGGUUUUUCCUAUCUUUAUUUUUGUGAACGCCCAAAGCAAGUGUUUAUCGUAAAGUGGUUAUGAUAAUCUGUAUGAAAGUUGUUUUAUCUAUUAGUUGAUAUGUGGAAUUAAUUCCAAGUAUAUAGGCAACAGUUCUGUAAUGGAUUUGAAUUAAGUAGGACACAAAGAAUUCAUUUUGAAUAAAUCACGAGAAACAAAAUUAACGCCGAACGAAUGCAUGAUAACAGAAGCAAGCGCGAUCUAAAUAUUGUAAAUACAUUUUUGUUCUUACGUAUGAAAAAUCGAUAUAUAAAUAAAAACGUAUAAUGAGCGUUAACAUUUAA